AUGAGCGCCCAUUCCAACGUUGAUUGCAUUGAAUCAGAGGCUCAAAAUAUACGAGAAAUCUCUAAGGUAUCCUCGAUUGACAACGAAUCGUUGAGAGAGGUCAAUCAGUUGUUAGAGUCGCUGGAACACACUCAUCGAAAUGACUUGGCAUUGCAUCUGUACUCGACGUAUUUGUUAAAGACGCAACUUAGGGCUGCUAACCGAAAGAAAUUUGCUUUGGAGACCGAGACCUACAUAAAGACCCAGGUUAAAGAUAAUUGGACAAGUUGGCCAAAUCCAUCUACUGUCAUCGAUCCGCAAAUCGGUACUGUUUAUGAAGAUACAACAGCGUUGAGUAACAUUGACCUGGAUAAGCUAAAGCCUGGUGAGAUAUCUCCAAAUGCUCUACGCCAUGCUUCAACCAUGGUAAAGCAAGAGUUAAAUGCUGUCUGGCAACAGUCAAUGGCGCAAAUGGCAUCUGACCGUGGAGUCACUCUCGAUAUUGACAAUAUGACCAUCCCAAACGGUGUGGCGACGGUAAUAAUGGACAAAAUGGACCGAUUCUUUAAAGGACUGCAUACUACCCUGGCGUCUACAAACAAGCUUAAAUUAUCCCAGACAAAUGGUUCUUCUCAUUUGACAAUAUCCGAGUUACAGCACAAUCAGAAACCAGUUGCGAUGAAUAAGAAAUGCAAGCUUGAUUACAGGGAUGUACUCAUGCGUGGCUGCCAAAUGGGGGAGGACAUAUAUGGCAUUUACAUGAAGACGUUGGAGCUGUAUGGAGAUAUACCUUUAACCUAUCGAAAAGAGGAAUUCAAAUUACCCAAAAGAGAACUUAUGAAGUACGCGUCAAAGAAAAGGCGGACGGAUGACCAGCAACCCGUGCCUAGAUCGAAAAGCGGGUACAUUUCCACAGAAAAAUUACUGAAGCAGAAUGUUUUGUCCUUUGAAAACAGGACAAAACUAAGGUCAAUCCUCCAUAGGCAUCGCAACCAUAUACUCGAUCAGAAAACUUUUCUUUGGGUGAAGGGCCCGACCCCCGACGAUUCUGAAUACACGCCGCGUGAAGCCCUAAGCAUCAACGACUGGAUCGUUCCGCUGGCUCGCAAUCGUAGAAGGGUCGCUCGCAAAAAUUUCCGCCAAUAG